AGAUGACCUGAGCCAUGUCUGGACUGAAUGCAUCUCUCGGAUACUUUGUGUCUGCUGCCAUUUUUGCGGCCUUAGUCCGAACACUUCUUAAAAAAUGGCCAAGGUUAAGCUUCAUGUUGGAGUUUGCUUCCUCUUUCAUGCUGGUGGCAUGUUUGUUGGAGGUGCAGACCAUUGUAGAGGUGGGUGAGUGGGCUGGAGGCUUGGGUCCUGAUGUGACGUUAACCGUUCGGUUCGUGGUGUUGUUAACCCAUGGUAUUAUCUGUGGAAGUGCGUCAGGGAAUCCCACCCUGGUUGUGCUGAAGUUCCUGCAGCGGGAGGCCACCACCCUACCCACUCUCCUUGCUGUUGCAGCCCAGUUUCUUGGGGCCCACCUGGCGCUUCUUGUAGCUCUUUACUACUGGAGUCUGGAGCUGACAGACAUGCACAUGAUCAAAAACCUGAUGGCUAGAGAGUGUAGCUCAUCUCUGCUGGUCUCCUUGGUUCAAGGUUUUUUCACUGAGUGUGUCUGCACGCUCAUCUUUCAUCUCGUCCUUCUAAACCUGCGACGCAGAUCAGCCCUGAUCCGGGUGCCGCUGAUCGCAGUCCUCCUCACUUUCCUGUCCCAUACAGCCCGAGGCUACACCUCAGCCUACAUGAGUCCCUCCUUGUCCUAUGGCCUCACCUUCCACUGUCCUGGAUUUACCUUCAUUGACUAUGCAGUGGUCUAUUGGCUGGGCUCUCUCACAGGCAUGAUUCUGGCUCUGUUCUUGUACAUGGGUCAUAUUCCAAGGAUCUUUUCCAAGAACCUACUAUAUUCUCAGAAGACACGUCAGAAGACACGAGUACCAAAGGGGGACAAAGCAGAAAAGAAGAAACAGUGAAAGAAACUACCCU